UUGAUUCAUUUAGUGUACAGAAACGUGAAUAACGAAUGGAGCGAGAGUUAGACGAGGAUGAGCUGCAGGAUUUGUACGCGUGGAUAGAUAAAAUUCGUCUUUCAAGACCAAAAAGGAAUAUCGCCAAUGACUUCAGCGACGGAGUGUUGGUGGCUGAGGUCGUUAAACAUUUCUGCCCGAAGAUUAUAGACUUGCACAACUACACCCCUGCCAGCUCCACACAACAGAAGCUCAGCAACUGGAACCUCCUCAACAGGAAGGUGUUCUCCAAGUUGAACUUCCAUGUGCCCGAGAAGUCGGUGAAGAAGAUUGUUCUGCGAUCCGCAGGAGUGAUCGAGAGCGUGCUGAGCGGCCUCAGGGAAAAGAUAGAACUGAGGCUAGAUCACAAGGCACACACUCUAUCAGAUUUGGAAUACUAUGACACCAGGAACCCAGAGAAAACUCUCACAGAGCUUACUCAGAACGAGGCCAGAUAUCUGUCUCAGAUGGUACAUGAGGAGGUGAAACGUGAUGAAAAAUUGAAAUUGGAGACAGGUGGCAAGCUACAACACACCGCUCAGUUUUACUCCAACUUGGACCCAGCCGUACGCCAAAUUCUAAAGGAAAAAGAGCACGGGGCUAUGGCUUUGCAGGAGACAGUAGAGAUUCUGCAGAUGAAGGUGAGCAAGUUGGAGCGCCUAGUUCAGCUAAAGGACAUGCGGAUAGACGACCUCAGGCAUAAUCUGGAGACGUGUACCUGUCUGAGAGGGAAACACUUGGAUUGUGAACCUAGCAGCAUAUAAACACUUUGCAUAUAGAGACACACUUUUCAUUAUUUGCUUAGCUUCAGUUAAUCUCUUUCAAAAAGUUCCAAGGCUCAAGUAUAUUUCACAGUGAAACUUUAAUAAAGACAGAACUUUUUCUUCUUGGAAAUAAUUGAUAUCUCGAAAAGUAUCUGUUUUCCUCAGUCCUUACCUAAAUGUAUAAAAAAAAAGUUAUUUUACAAUGGUAUGAAUAGCCUCCGUGAAGUUGGCCCCCUGUCAGAUACAAAUUUAUAUAAAUAUGAUGUCAAUUCUUUGUGUUAUGAUUGUGCUUCCAUGUUUUUUUUAAAAGAUAUUUUCAAUUCUUUUAUAGGUCAAUCUGAGGUCAACCAGUUCCCCAUUUUGAUUAAAAAAUGGCAAAAAAAUUUGUGUCAAUCGUCAUGCAGAACCAAGGGCGAAGGUUUGGUCUCAACAUUGGUAUGGUUGAUAUACUUGGUUGAUAUGUGAGCUGCAGUUCGGUGCAUAGGCACAAACAACAGUCAGAACCCGUCCCCCCACCUGAAGGCGGAGGGAGGCUACCCUAUCGUCUAGCGGGGUAAAUUCCAACGUACAGGCGCCAACCUGGGGGGCAAUAAGUAUGCCCACACCUGCUCGGCGCCUCUCACCUUAGGCAACUCCAGAGUGGAAGAGAGUCCAACCCCUCUCGAGAGGAUUGGUACCAGAACCCAAGCUUUGUGUGGAGGAGAGUCCGACUAGAUCUAGUCGGAACUUCUCUGCCUCACACACCAGCUCAGGCUCUUUCCCUGCCAGAGAGGUGACAUUCCAUGUCCCAAGAGUUAGCUUCUGCAGCUGGCGGUCGGACCGCCAAGGCCCCCGCCUUUGGCUGCCGCCCAACUCCCUACGCACUCAAACCCUUUUCCCCAUCCCACAGGUGGUGAGCCCAUGGAAAGGGAUUGCCCAUGCUUCCUCACAAUAUUGCUUCUCAAGUCCUCAGACAGUUCUUUGGUUUUCUUUCUUUUCUCCAUGCUCAAUGUGGUCCUCACAAGGACACAGGACAGAGGUUGAGUCAACUUUAAUCCAUUUUACCUGGCUGCAAGCAGGGGUUAAUUUGAGCCGCAUCUUGCCGGAACAAGAUCCGGCACCUUUUGAUUUUGGCCUCCCUGUGUUGCGGGACAUAUUUGGGCAGAUCCGGCACCACUCGUGCAUA